UAUUGUUUAGUUGUUACCCGUUUUGAUUGUGUGUAGGAUUUUGCUGUCUCGAACAGGCCAACUCCUGGACGCAACGCAUUAGCGCUAAGGCAGUCAUCGUUGUUUCACUGGUCGCGKACUUCAUUUUCUCGGAUUUCGCCGUGCGGUUGAUUUGUACAUUCCGACGCUGAACRUUGAUUUCCAGUAAUUUCAUUCGCAAGCCUUCGAUAUGUCUGCAAGAGCUAAAGAAGUUGUUGCGAACAAUGGGGAAUCUGGUUCUGAAGUUGAAGAACAAGAAGAGGAAUAUUCUGUAGAAAAAAUUUUGGAUAAACGUACAAGAAAUAACAAGACGGAAUACUUUUUGAAGUGGAACGGCUACGACGACACUGAUAAUACUUGGGAACCCGAAGAAAAUCUUGAUUGCGAAGAGUUAAUUAGAGACUUUGAAGAAAAAUUUAGACAAAAAGAACUCAAAGAAAAGGAACUAAAAGAAAAGGAAAAGAAAAAAAAGGAACCAGAACGUGGCCGUAAACGCACACUAUCUAAUUCAACUGUUACAAGCUGUGCAUCAUCAGAUGCUGGUCCAUCUAAAGAACGUAAGAAGACUUCUUCUCCUCAGCCAAAGAAAAAGGCUGAGAAGUCUGACGUGACUGAAAAUAAUGACAAGGCUAAUGAUGAUGAUGAUGACGACAGUGUGUCUGAGGAAAAAGAAAAUGAUGCUUCUGAGUCUGAAGCUCCUACUAAAGAAGCAGAGAAGAUUAUUGGUGCAACUGAUUCUAGUGGGCAAUUGAUGUUUUUGUUGAAGUGGAAAGGAAUUGAAGAAGCUGAUUUAAUCUCAGCUAAGGAUGCUAAUAUAAUGUGCCCACAAAUCGUCAUCAAGUUCUAUGAAGAAAGACUUACAUGGCAUGCUCCUGAAAAUAAAAAUGGUGUUUAAUUAUUUAAACUAAUAAAAUAAGAAUAAAAUUGACAAGUGUUCAAAACAA